AUGGCAAAAGCAAAGCAAACCAAGCGGCCACGUUCCUCAUCGACGCCGUACGAUCGACCCAACAGCAACGCCAACAGCAACUCGGCGGCCAAGAACAACGUCUUCAAGUUCAACACCAACUUCGGACAGCACAUCUUGAAGAACCCGGGCGUGUCGGAAGCGAUAGUGGACAAGGCUUACCUGAAGCCUACCGACACCGUGCUCGAGGUCGGGCCGGGGACGGGCAACCUGACGGUGCGCAUCCUGGAGCGGGCCCGGCGCUGCAUCUGCGUCGAGCUGGACCCGCGCAUGGCGGCCGAGGUGACGAAGCGGGUGCAGGGCACGCCGGAGCAGAAGAAGCUGGAGGUGAUGCUGGGGGACGUGAUCAAGACGGACCUUCCGGCCUUUGACGUCUGCAUCUCCAACACGCCCUACCAGAUCUCCAGCCCGCUCGUCUUCAAGCUGCUGUCCAUGCCGAACCCGCCGCGGACGUCGGUCCUCAUGUUCCAGCGCGAGUUCGCCCUGCGCCUGACCGCCCGCCCGGGCGACUCCCUGUACUGCCGUCUCUCCGUCAACGCCCAGUUCUGGGCCCGCAUCACCCACAUCAUGAAGGUCGGCCGGAACAACUUCCGCCCGCCGCCCCAGGUCGAGUCGUCCGUCGUCAGGAUCGAGCCCAAGACCGGCAGGGACAGACCGGACAUCAGCUGGGACGAGUGGGACGGGCUGCUGCGCGUCUGCUUCGUACGCAAGAACAAGACCCUCCGUGCCAACUGGCUCGGCACAAAGGACGUCCUCGCCAUGGUCGAGCGCAACUACCGCACCUGGUGCGCCAUCAACGGCGUCGCCAUCGAUGAGUCGCCCGUCGAGAAUGCUGACGACCGCGACGGCCACGACGACUAUGACGAAGACGACGAUGUGGACAUGGAUCCUGUCGACGACGAGGACGUGGAUGUCGACGCCGGCCUGCAUCAGGAUGCCGUGCCCGACUUCUUCUCUUCUUCCUCCUCCGCCCCGACCGGGUACAGCGCCCCCAAGACGAAGAGCAAGAGAGUCAAGACAAAGGUCGCAGAGCUCGUCCGCGAAAAGAUCCGUCACUGUCUGGAGGAUGUCACUGACCUCGCCGAUAAGCGUGCCGGGAAGUGUGACGAGAAUGACUUCUUGCGUCUGCUCCAGGCCUUUAACGAUGAGGGUAUUCAUUUCUCAUAG